AUGGAGAUCACUGCUAGGACCAGGGAGAAGAUGGAGGUGCUGGAGCAAAGCCAUGAAAGCGGCAAGAUAUAUUGCUCGGGAUGUGGGAAGCUAAAGUCAAGUCCAAGCUUCAGUUGUAUGGACUGCGGGUUUCGCCUUGACAAGCAAUGCUUUGAGGCACCUCCUGAGAUGAAUCACUCAUUCCAUCACAAUCACCACUUUAAUCUUCUAGUAAGUGCGACAUAUCAAGAUAGGGCUUUUAUUUGUGGUUUCUACAACAAAAUGGGUGAGAGUGGGUGUGUUUCACCAACACCAAUUAUUGAAGAUAAAAUUCACCAUAAACACCCCUCCACCCUACUUCAGAAACAAGUCUCAUUAAUUUGUGAUGCUUGUGGCACUUCAUGGAAUUAUGUUCCUUAUAUUUGUUCUACAUGCAACAUUAUAAUCCAUAAGAAAUGUAUUUCAUUGCCACAAGUCAUCCAAUUCCACCGACAUCGCCACCCCAUUCUCCAAUCCUAUUUCCUUGAAGAACAUGGAUUUGAAAAGUGGGAAUGUAGAAUGUGUUAUGAGGAAGUGAACACAAAGCAUGGGAAUAAAAACGUGGGAUUAACAUUAGAAUAUGUGACAGCCACAUCGAUAAAGCAUUUCAGCCAUGAUCAUAACUUGGCAUUGAGUAAAGACAUUAAGGGUGAUAAACAAUGUGAUGGCUGCCUACUAUCCAUCUCGGCUUCUUAUUACUAUUGUUCACAAUGUGAUUUCUUUCUCCACAAAGCCUGUCAGAAUUACCUAUGAAGAAGCAUUUAUGGUAUCACUAUCACCAAAGGCUUCUUAGACUUACUACAGGCUGCAUUUUCCAAUGUGCAAUUUGUGAAUAUGAAACUAGUGGUUUUGCCUACACUUGUGAUGAAUGCCAUGAACGUCACUGCCUUCGGUGUGCAUUAGUUUCUGAUAUCCCUAAAUGUGAAGGACAUGUACAC